AUGGAUCUAGACUCCUGUCCAAGCUCAGACAGUCGUUCCGGGUCACCAAUCCUUAAUCUGAAUAACUCAGGGCGAAUCUUGUUGAAUAUACCCUGCAAAGUGUGCCAUGACUUUUCCUCGGGCAAGCACUACGGCAUCUUUGCCUGUGAUGGUUGCGCCGGCUUUUUUAAGCGUUCAAUUCGCCGCAACCGGCAGUACAUGUGCAAGGCUCGCGGCACCGGCGCCAACAAGUGCCUGGUGGACAAGACGCACCGAAAUCAGUGUCGGGCGUGUCGGCUGAAGCGCUGCAUUCGCGAGGGCAUGAACAAGGACGCCGUCCAGGAGGAGAGGGGCCCGCGGAACUCCACGCUGCGACGACAAGUCGCCCUGAACAUGCAAAACUCCACAUUUGCGGCGGCGGCGGCAGCGGCAGCCGCCGCCGCCUACGCCAACUUCCUUCCGCCUGGCGCCUUUCCCGCCGCCGGCCUUCCCAUCAGUCCCUAUCAGCAGCUGGUGCCAGGCGUUUCCGGGGGCAAAAAGCCGCCAAUUUCAAGUGUUGACUUCAAGGGUGGAGAAAGUGCGUACUAA